UUACAGUAGCAAUCAGACGCAUGUGCUUCCACUCUGCGCCAUGAAUUUAUAUCUAUAACGCACACACAAAAAAUUCUUUAUAUUUUUCAAAAAUGUUAUUUGGAAAAGAAGUGCCAUGGCGGCGUUUAGAGGGCAUGUCGUUUGGCAUGUACUCCGCCGAAGAAAUAAGGAAGCUGAGUGUGAAGUCUGUCACUAACUCCAGGUUCCUUGAUGCUGUUGGAAAUGUGGCCCCAAACGGUCUGUAUGAUCUGGCCCUUGGGCCAGCGGACAUCAAAGAGGUUUGUUCAACCUGCUGUCAGGAUUUCAACAACUGUCCAGGACACCUUGGACACAUCGAGCUUCCUCUACCUGUCUACAACCCACUUUUCUUCGACAAACUGUACCUGCUGAUCCGUGGUUCGUGUUUGGCGUGUCACAUGUUGACGUGCCCUCGAUCUGCCAUCCACCUACUGCUGAACCAGCUGAAGUUAGUGGACCACGGGGCCUUGCAGGAGGUCUACAAAGUCGAAGAGGUUCUUUACCAGCACCUGGAGGAGAACCCCAAAGCCACGGGAGAUGAGAUCGAGCGGGUUUUGAAGGAGUUCACAGAUGGAGAAGUUGGCGUAAACCCUGAAGGUUCAGAGAGCUCCAGACCUAUUAAACAUCUGGUGGAGAAGAAGAGCAGCCUGAUCAAUGACUUCUGGAAGAUCCAAAUGAAAACAAGGAAGUGUCCUCACUGCGGGAGCGGCAGAGCUACGGUGCGCCGAGAGCACAACAGUAAGCUGAUCGUCACCAUGCCGACCGGAGGGGCUCAAACAGCCGGUGACACUGCUGAGGAAGCGAUGGCUGGAAAGAGAGUGUACUUCACUGCCAGUACAGCCAGAGAGCACGUCAGCAGAACAUGGGAGAAGGAAGGUUUCUUCCUAAAGUGUCUUUUUCCGGGACUGGAGGAGGCAGCGAGCGGUUUAUAUCCUGAGCUCUUCUUCCUCGAGCUGCUGGUGGUUCCACCGUGCAGGUAUCGUCCAAUCAAUCGCCUGGGCGACCAGAUGUUUACCAACGGUCAGACCGUCAACAUGCAGGCUGUGAUGAAGGACUGCGGAGUCAUCAGAAAGCUGUUGGCCAUCAUCGCUGGGGAGAAGAACUCGGAGGAGACAGAGGUGAGCUGGCAGGCUACUGCUGACAUUAUCAUCCUGUACACACAGGAAGUGAAUGUCCCAACUUCCUGUUCUGGCUCUGUUCAGGCUGUAGAGCAAACAGACCAGACUUUCCUGGCUGGAAUCGCCGGACAGACGUUAACAGACAAACUUUACAACAUGUGGGUCCGCCUGCAGAGCCACGUUAACAUCGUCUUUGACAGCGACAUGGACAAGCUGAUGAUGGACAAAUACCCAGGAGUCAGACAGAUCCUGGAGAAGAAGGAUGGAUUGUUCCGGAAACACAUGAUGGGCAAACGAGUGGACUUUGCUGCACGAUCUGUCAUUUGUCCCGACAUGUACAUCGGAACCAACGAGAUAGGAAUACCAAUGGUUUUUGCCACCAAGCUGACCUACCCUCAACCAGUCACGCCGUGGAACGUGAAGGAGCUUCGCCAGGCCGUUCUUAACGGGCCCAACAUCCAUCCCGGUGCCUCCAUGGUGAUAAACGAGGAUGGCAGGAAAACCAUCCUGUCAGCCACCAACCAGGCGCAGAGGGAGGCGGUUGCCAAGCAACUACUGACGCCCUGUCCAGGCCCACAUAAGAUGGCCAUGAAGAUCGUGAAUCGUCACAUAAAGAACGGAGAUGUUUUGUUGCUCAACAGGCAGCCAACUCUGCACAGGCCCUCCAUACAAGCUCACUGCGCUCGCAUCCUGCCAGGGGAGAAGGUCUUGAGGCUCCACUACGCCAACUGCAAGGCGUACAACGCUGACUUUGACGGAGACGAGAUGAACGCCCACUUCCCUCAGAGCGAGCUGGGCAGAGCGGAGGCCUACACGUUGGUCAGCACUAACCAGCAGUACCUUGUCCCCAAGGAUGGUAAACCUUUAGCAGGCCUGAUCCAGGACCACAUGGUGUCAGGAACGAGGAUGACGAUACGAGGCUGCUUCUUCACCAGAGACCAGUACACCGAGCUGGUGUACAGAGGGCUGACCGACAAACCGGGCAGAGUGAAGCUGCUGCCUCCGGCCAUCGUCAAACCGCAGCAUCUGUGGACGGGAAAGCAGGUGGUGUCCACGCUGCUGCUGAAUGUAAUCCCAGAGAAAGCUGUGCCUCUAAACCUGGUGGGAAAAUCAAAAAUCCCCAGCAAGGCGUGGAUCCAGCUGCCACCUCGAGCUGCUCCCGGAUACAAACCCGACAGCAUGUGUGACUCGCAGGUGGUGAUCCGUCAGGGGGAGCUGCUGGUGGGGGUUUUGGACAAGGCUCACUACGGCUCCUCGGCUUACGGUUUGGUCCACUGCUGCUACGAGCUGUACGGAGGAGAGACCAGCGGGAAGCUGCUCAGCUGUCUGGCUCGACUCUUCACCGCUUACCUGCAGCUGUACCGAGGCUUCACUCUGGGUGUGGAGGACAUCCUGGUGAAACCAGGCGCCAACAUGCGGAGAACAAAGAUCAUUGAAGAAUCACUGACGAUUGGCACCAAAGCCCUCCAGGCUGCCUUCAACCUGCCACCUGACGUGGACCAAGCUGAAGCUCACAGUCGAUGGCAGGACGCUCAUCUCAACCCCGACCAGAGAGACUUCACCAUGGCCGACCACAAGUUCAAAGAAGUGGCCAACCAAGUCAACAAUGAGAUUAACAAGGUGUGCAUGCCCAUCGGAUUACAUACAUCGUUUCCGGACAACAACCUCCAACUCAUGGUCCAAUCAGGAGCCAAAGGAUCAACGGUGAACACCAUGCAGAUCUCGUGUCUACUCGGCCAGAUCGAGUUGGAGGGCCGCAGGCCUCCACUGAUGGCUUCUGGGAAAUUCCUCCCAUGCUUCCAGCCGUAUGACCCCUCCCCCGGUGCCGGAGGCUUUGUUUCGGGAAGGUUUCUAACCGGCAUCAAACCACAGGAGUUUUUCUUCCACUGCAUGGCUGGUAGAGAAGGACUGGUCGACACAGCUGUAAAAACCUCCAGAUCAGGAUAUCUGCAGAGAUGUAUUAUAAAGCAUCUGGAGGGUCUGGUGGUGCAGUAUGAUCUGACCGUGAGGGACAGCGAUGGCUCUGUGGUUCAGUUCCUGUACGGUGAGGAUGGCCUAGACAUCCCGAAGACCCAGUUUCUGCAGCCAAGACAGUUUCCCUUCAUAGAAGAAAACUACGAGGUCAUCAGGAGGUCUCAGGGUCUGGACAGCGUUCUGGCUCAUAUGGACCCUCAGACUGCCAGUCAGCACUUUGCAGCCAUCCAGCGCUGGAAAUCAAAGAGAGGGAUGGCGUGUCCGCGGAAAGGAGCAUUCCUGCUGUUUUCCCAGAAGAAGUUGGCUAAACUAAAACAGACCGUGCAUGGAGCAGAGGCUAUUAACAACAGAGAUCCUGCUGUACAGGAGCUUGUGAAGCAGUGGCAGUCUCUGGAUGAAGCUAGCAGAAUAAAAUACUUGAGGAAAUCCUCCCGCUGCCCUGAGCCUUCACUGGGCCUGUUCAGGCCCGAUGUCUGCUUCGGCUCAGUCUCCGAGAACUUUCACAGCAUCACAGAGAAGUACCUGCAGAACAGAAGCAGCAUGAAUCAAGACGGCGUGGACGACAGCAGCCUCCGGCAGCUGCUGCAUUACAAGUGGCAGCGUUCGCUGUGCGAUCCGGGCGAAGCUGUGGGUCUGCUGGCAGCUCAGUCGAUCGGCGAACCCUCCACCCAGAUGACCCUCAACACCUUCCACUUCGCUGGCAGAGGAGAGAUGAACGUCACGUUGGGAAUACCUCGACUGAGGGAGAUCCUGAUGGUGGCCAGUUCAAACAUUAAAACCCCCAUGAUGAGCGUCCCAGUCCUGAACACCAGGAAAGCUUUGAAGAGAGCCAAGAUGCUGAGGAGGAAACUGGCCAGAGUCUGCUUGGCUGAGGUGCUGCAGAAGGUGGAUGUGGUGGAGACUUUGCUGAUAGAAAAUUACCAAAAACAGCGAGUGUUCAAAGUGUCCUUUAGUUUUCUGCCACCCGACCGUUACCAUGACGAUUACCUGUUAUCACCUCAUCAGAUCCUCCACUACAUGGAAACCAGGUUUUUCCGCCUCCUCCUCGAAGCCAUCAAGAAACGCACCGCCAAGCUGGCCUCCAUCGCCGUGGAGACGAGGAAGGCCAACCCCAGAGAUGGAGACGCUGACGAGGGCGGGGCAGCCGGCGCAGCAGGGUCGGACGAUGGGGAAGGAGAAGAAGAACAAGAGAUUGUUGAUGACCAGGGGAAUGAAGGGGAUGCAGAUGCUUCGGAUGCCAAGAGAAAAGAUAAACAGGAAGAAGAGGUGGACUACGAAAGUGAAGAUGAGGAUGAAGAUGACACUGAAGACAAAGAGGAGCAGGCUGAGGGGGAGGUUGCGGAGAAUCCCGAGACAAACACAGUGGAGGAGUCUCAGCCUGAGGCUGAAGAGGUGAGGGUGGAGAAGCGGAAGAAACGACCUCAAAGAGCGUCAGGAGCCGAGUCCUCCACCCAGAUGAGGGUGAACUCUGUUCUGGAUAUAAACCCAGCCAUCCAGAGAUACAGCUUCGACCAGCAGAAUGAGCUCUGGUGUGAGGUCCAGCUGGCCCUGCCUCUGAACAGGGUGCACUUCGAUCUGACCUCCGUCCUGUCCACGCUGGCCCAGAAUGCCGUCGUCAUGGAAACCAGGGGUCUGACUCGCUGCCUGCUGAGCGAAACCACAACAAAGUCUGGAGAAAAAGAGACGGUUCUCAACACAGAGGGAAUCAACAUGCACGAAAUCUCCAAGUACAGCGACAUUUUGGACCUGAACAGACUUUACUCCAACGAGGUCCACGCCAUGGCAAACACCUACGGGAUCGAAGUGGCUCUCAAAGUCAUAGAGAAAGAAAUCAAAGAUGUCUUUGGAGUCUACGGUAUCGAGGUUGACCCCAGACAUCUGUCACUGGUGGCAGAUUACAUGUGUUUCGAAGGCGUUUAUAAGCCGUUAAACCGACACGCCAUCACCUCCAACUCCUCUCCUCUGCAGCAGAUGACCUUUGAGACCAGCUACAAGUUCCUCAAACAGGCCACCAUGCUCGGGUCACAUGAUGAGCUGUCGUCGCCUUCAGCCUGCCUGGUGGUGGGGAAGGUGGUUAGAGGAGGAACAGGGCUGUUUGAGCUGAAGCAGCCUCUGCAGUAGAAAGGUCCACGCUCACGCUGCUCGGAUGUCGAGCCGUGCCCUGCUUUUACUCUCACGACAGAGAAAUUAUAUGGAGCGUGUUUUGUUAGGUCAGAAAUAACUGAUGUGGAAAUAAAGACCAAGUGUCAACAAACAAAAGAGUUUAUUGUUGUGAGGGAUGAACAACAUAAGUUUUAGACAAUAGACCCACACUGUACCAGUCUGAGAAGCAUAAUUGUUUGAGGGUGAAAAAAAACUUUUUGGGUCUGUAUUUAAUAAAAUAAAAAUCCCUUUAUGACCACAGUGGAGCAUCAUCUGAUGCUACUUCCAGCAGGAUAAUGCACCAUGUCACAAAGCUCAGA